AUGGGUUUGGCGACAGAUUUUGGAUCAGAAAGAGUUUUCAAUACACCUUUGACCGAGCAGGGUAUCGUCGGCUUUGCCAUUGGUGCUGCCGCACAAGGGAUGACGGCCAUAGCGGAGAUUCAAUUCGCAGAUUAUGUCCAUCCUGCAUUCGACCAGCUAGUCAAUGAAGCCGCCAAGUGGCGAUAUAGAGAGGGAAAACCGGUGGUAAUGUAUCACUCUCAGUCCCCUGAAGCAGUCUUCACUCAUAUCCCUGGCCUUCGUAUAGUAAUGCCACGGUCACCAGCUCAGGCGAAGGGCUUACUAUUGGCCUCAAUUGGGUGUAAAGACCCGGUGAUCUUCAUGGAGCCCAAAGUCUUGUACCGUGCAGCUGUGGAGCAGGUACCAAAUAUUGCAUAUGAGCUUCCGCUCUCCAAGGCCGACAUAGUGAAAGAGGGCAAGGAUGUGACUAUUAUCUCUUACGGGCAUCCAAUGUACCUCUGUUCCUCUGCGAUCGAUGCUGCCGAGAAGGAGCUGGGCAUCAGUGCUGAACUUCUGGACUUACGAACUGUGUAUCCGUGGGAUAGAGAUGCUGUUUUGCAAAGUGUCAGAAAGACAGGGCGCGCUAUCGUCGUGCAUGAGUCCAUGAUCAACGCCGGUGUUGGAGCAGAAGUUGCAGCUACCAUCCAGGAGGGCGCUUUCUUAAGCUUGGAAGCACCCGUGCAGCGAGUAGGAGGCUGGGCGACCCAUAUGGGUUUGACUUUUGAGAAGUUCAACGUACCAGACAUAACACGUGAGCAAGCCUUGCAUGAUUGGUGA